AUGGCAGAGAAAGAGGAAGUGAAUCUGUUGGGAACAUGGUACAGUCCGGUCGUGGCAAGAGCAAAGAUCGCUCUUCGUCUCAAAUCGGUUGAUUACGAUUAUUUUGAAGAAGAUCUGUUCGGAUCCAAGAGUGAGCUUCUUCUCAAAUCUAACCCGGUUCACAAGAUGGUCCCCGUUCUCAUUCACAACGGUAAAACGAUUCUCGAGUCUCUCAAUAUCGUUGAGUACAUCGAUGAGACGUGGAACGCAUCUGGACCGUCCAUUCUUCCUUCACAUCCUUAUGAUCGCGCUCAAGCUCGCUUCUGGUCUGCAUACGUUGAUGAUAAGUGGUUUCCAACUUUCAUUGCAGCUACGCUCACCACCUCAGAAGACGCCAAAGUGAAUGGCAUGAAAGAAGUGGGAGAAGGGUUGUUGUUACUCGAGGAUGCGUUUGCUUCUAUAAGCAAAGGGAAAUCGUUUUUUGGAGGUGAGACGAUAGGGUUUAUGGACAUUUGUCUUGGAAGUUUUUUGGUUAUAUUGAAAGCUAGAGAGAGGCUUAACGGGGAUACAAUCUUAGACGAAUCAAAAACUCCUUUUCUUUUUAAAUGGGCCGAUGAGUUCUUGUCGGAUGAUACCGUGAAGAUAGUGGUUCCGGAAAUCGAUAAAAUUGCCAAGUUUGAAGCUAAAACUCAAUCCUCAGAUUCGUGA